UAAAUAUUGCCCUGGGUGGAACUGACAGACACUACACUCCUGGUAACAGAGAAUAUCCCAGCAGCUAUGGCUGAGCACAAAUCCAUCCCCAGUGAGCCCAUGCCCCUGGACAUGGACAACCGGGACCCUAAUAACUUGAAUGAUCACGUCAGGGUGCUCUUUGAAGAUGCCUUUGGGGAACCAGAAGGAUCUCACACCAUUCCAGGAGCGUGGAGCAUGUCCUACAAGACAUUCAACGGGGUGAAGAACUGCUGCUACAUUGUCCUGUCGGUGCUGUGUGGGUGCCCCCUGGCCUUCUGCUGGGCACUUGAGUUUGCCUGUGUACAGUGCUGUCAUAUCUGGAUGGUGGGCCCUUGUAUUCACAUCUGGAAGAUAAAUGUGUCCUGUAUGAAGAUGUUCUACAGCUCCUGUGUGCACUGUCUGUGUGACCCGUGCUGGGAGGCGUGCGGCUUGUGCUUAAGUCUCAUUCGUGUGCAGAAUAAGAACGGAUAGUGUCCCAUACGAGCCUGUAUUCACCACAGUGCAGUGUUCUGACCAGCAGAGUACAAUGAGUUGCAGAGUAAUGCUCACGUGCCUUGCUGAGCUACAGAAACCUCCAUGGACUUUUCCACUUAUUAUCUGACAUACACCCUGGCUGAACUGCCACAAACCUGCAUACCCUGUGGCAUUUGCUCUCUAAACGGUAUCUUGUCCAUUUACUACUUGUUGUACAAUAAAACCAUCUCUGUGUCUGCCUCA